AUUUUUCUAUUCUGGGUCACACUAUGAAGUUUUCACUCGGUUUAGGGAUAUGUGUGCUCGUCUCUCUGGGUUUCUCCCAGCAGAAUGUUGAUUGUGAAUCCUGGGUAACCACGGGAGCAUGUGUGAACAAUGGAACUGCGUGUGUUCAGCCAGCCUACCAAAUUUGUGGAAGUUCUCCGGAUGAUCAUUACUAUAGUGCGAACUUAACAUGCGAUGACUGUGGUCAAGACGAUCAAGCCUAUCAAGACGAUCAAGACGAUCAAGACGAUCAAGACGAUCAAGACGAUCAAAACGAUCAAGACGAUCAAGACGAUCAAGACGAUCAAGACGAUCAAGAUGAUCAAGAUGAUCAAGACGAUGGAGACAGUGAACUCUUCCCUUCUGAUAGUGGGCCAGAAGAUUUAAAUAGCGGUGAAAAGUUCUGCAUUUCAGACUGUAAAGAUCAGUAUCCCUUCCUGGCUACCUAUCAAACUGGUCUUGAUCUCAAUCUCCAACAACUCUGUCGUAACAACCUAACUAACACUAUUGGAGGAAGAGGAGGAAAUGGUUGUAGAGUAGAUGAUUGGAUUGUAGUAGAGACUUGCAAUGAGGAAUGCCACGAGUUCAAUUGGAGAGCCAGUUACCCGAGUUAUUGUGAUGUUGAGGAUAUGUGGCUUUGGUGCUGUAAACCUAAGGCUGAAACAACUGGAACAACUGUGUGUGGAGCGCAUGAUGUGGAUGAGGUUCCUUGCGUGGUUACAGCAGACAGGCGUGUCAUAGACGACUUAGUUAUUAGCUGGGUUGAUACGGACGGUGUUGACUUGGUAGGAACUGCUGGGUAUGAAGUGAGUGUAACUUACAAAAUACAGGAAGAUAAACUACUAUCUGUCUUAACAGUGAACUCGUGGGUAGUAGCCGGAAAUUCAGCCGUGGUAACAUGUCAAGUUAGAGGAUCAGGGGCACUAGAGGGUCAGGGAGACUACGUCAAUACCGAGGAACCUGCUCAGAUCAAUAAAUUCGAUAUUGAAGUGACCAGCAAAUACCAGAGAGUAGGAUCAGAAGCUCAGUUGACAUGUACUGGAGUUGGGACUGAUAGGAACGAUCAGGGGUACUUUUUCUCUUGGUACUACUGGAAUGAGUCUGGAACGAAGAUGCCGAUAGAUGCCCUGGAAAACUUUAACGAAGAGUUGAGAUUUGAGACCGGUCAAUGGGUGUCAGUGCUUUUCAUUCCUUCAGAGAACCAAGUGAUCGGUUCACAGAAUUAUCAAUGUGUCCUGGAUUACUCCUCGGUUGACAAGUGUGGAAUCCCUCACUCCACCAGUGGUGACGCUACAGGCACACUCAUUGUAUGGGAUGUGACUAAAGACGAAUACUGUGCUUACCCUGGUGAUGAAGCUGUUCUGGAAUUUACCGUAUUGGGAACCAAAGAAAUCAGUUCUGUCUCGGACGGAAUCAUCGAAUCUCUGACUAAAGGCACCAUGAUUACCACUGAAACUACAUAUAAAGAAGGGUUCCUGAUGAGGUUAUCACGAAAUGACUUUAAUGAGAUCGUUGUCACGCUUACAAUCUCCCCCAACAUGACUGAGGAGGUGGGUAGUGAAUUCUUCAUCACCUACACCGGAACAGAGGGUAAAGAAGGCGUGGAACCUAACCUGGAGCUCAACGUUAUGCGUUAG